CUCCCCCCGUAACAUGCAUAAGCGCGUCGGGGAGCAGCGUCCGGCCCCCAGUUUAUUAAUUUACCACCACCGCCACCCAAGUCGCCAUACUUGUCACAGAACCCGCGGUGUACGGUCAGGUCGCCUUCCCGAAAGUUUCGUCUGUUUCGUUCAACGUUUUUUCCCGUCUCUCGGCGAUGCUCGUAUCGGAGACUGCCGGAAUGGAUGCAUCGCGACAGAGCGCGUUCGUACUCAGUAACCCUCCACUAGCGGCCCUGCACAACAUGACGGAGAUGCGCGCUCCCCCCGUGUGUCCCAGCCAGUACCCCUCCUUCACCUCAACGUCUCCCCUCAAGCCCAUGUCUCUGUCCACCUUCACCAGCCAAGCCACCACGCCGUACGGGAUCUCGGACAUUCUCUCCCGGCCGGUCACCGUGGCCAACUCGCUCAACUCCGUGAACUCUCUCUUCACUAUCCCCAGGCUGAACAUGAACAUGAACAAUCCUGCUGCAGGCAUGUACUUCAACCCGGCGGCCAGGUUCGACAAGGGUCUGGGAGACCUGUCCGGCAGGGCGUCCAUGUACUGGCCGGGCAUGAUGCAGGGAGCCGGAUGGAGAGACAGAUUCGCGUGUCCACCUCACCCGCACGGUACAACUGGUAAUGUGACGGUAGACAAGGAUGGCAAGAGAAAGCACACACGUCCCACCUUUUCUGGACAACAAAUAUUCGCCCUGGAGAAAACUUUUGAGCAGACGAAGUACCUAGCAGGGCCUGAGCGGGCAAGACUGGCUUACUCCUUGGGCAUGACGGAAUCACAAGUCAAGGUAUGGUUCCAGAACAGGCGCACAAAAUGGCGAAAGAAGCACGCUGCCGAGAUGGCCUCUGCCAAGAAGAAGCAGGAGGAACAACAGAAGCAGAUGGCCGCGCAAGACGGCGAAGAGAACUCCGAGCCAGAGGAUUUGGAUGACCAAGACAGGAACAACAAUUCCAACGGCAGCAGUAGCGAUACAGAGAGGCAAAAAGAGAACACGCCGUCGUCUGAAGUGGUGGACACCACACUAGCGCAAACUUCACACAUCGGUACGUAGACUGGCAAGGAAAAAACGUGGACUCUUGUAGAUUUAGUUCAUAAUAUAUAUGAACCGUUUCACCAUGGCGUUUUUGUCUUGGUCAAACAAUGUUGGAUAUAUUUUUAUCAGACAGAGGAGAUUCGUUAUCUCUUUUACCCCCGUUGUUUUACGUGUCUGUAUAUUUUGUUUGUUGUAACUACCAACACAAGCACUUACCUUAGGUGCGCAUCAGUGUUUUGUGAGGUGCUUGGAGAGAUAAGCUUGGAUUAUGUAUACAAGAUGUAUCGUCAUCAUAUUAUGUGCAACAGGGCAAACAAAGAGCUAUAUCUUAUCGGAUUUAUGUCGCAAGGUUUUAUAUAUUAUGAGUUCUUUCUUUGCUAUUUUAUAUAUAUAUAUAUAUAACGUUAUAUGUUUUAUAUGACGCUCGACGGAUGGUGGCGUAGCCAGGUAACGCCUGUAUGUUAGGCAGAAAAAAUAGCUGCUUUCCCUUUGUUACGCCCAGCUUCAUGGGUAUGUAACAUAUUGCCCAGUCGCCUGACACUUAGUGUAAGAUUCUUGGUCUUAAAGGCCGUUUCUGUAAGAGAUUUCCCCUCCUAAUAUUGGGUCUUGUUGUUUGUACUUAUUUCGACUCGCAGAGACCACUGCGCCGACGAUAAAAAAAGUAGACCUUCGGUGAUAAAUUUGUUUACCUGCUCUUAAUUUUUGACAAGAAAUAAGACAAAACAAACAGAGAUAAAUUUAGAUUCUAGAGUGAAUAUUUUGUUUCCCUUUGGACAACAUUGUUGCAAAGAAUACAGAAGUCUACCGUUCGGACAAAAAAAUAGUAGAAGAGUUCUUGUUCACUACGAAAACGACACGGUCCUUUUUGACCGAAAGCUAGCAUAUCAUUCGGGUUACUUUCAGACAUUCUUGUAAAUAUUUAUGACGUCGUUAUUUCUCGACCGAAAAAAAGUGUUUCUCUUCCGACAAGUUGGUGUGCAUUUGCCAAUUGCGAUUGCAGAUAUUUUGAUACUUGUUAAUUUAAACAGAUUCCAUUGUCCAUUUGUGUAAAGUAGACCGAUGUAUACAUGAUGUAAACGUGAAUAUUCCAUAAUCUUUAAGUGACUGUCAUUACAUUGUAACUUAUAUUUUUGAUGGAAAUUGCACAUGAGAUGUACAUUAUUAUUUAAUGAAUCGAAAGAGAAUUCGAACGUAUCCGUAAAGUAUGACGCUACAGCCGUCAAUAGACAAUAAUUUUUCCAUAUCGAACGGAUGCUGUCAAUACUGUAAGCUGGGGGUUCAUUCUAAUCUAGAAUUGGGACGAUCAACGCCAUGUAAUUCUUGCUGUAGCGAGCAGAAUCUACUCUCAUAUCAGCCAAGAUCGAAUUUUUUGUGAAAACCAAUCAGACGAUGAAGAUUUAGGAGUUUUGUAGGGCAAUGCUGUGUCCACCACGCCACUCUGUAGUAUUCAUGUUCAGGCUAUAUUUGACAACCGUACAUUCCAAACGUAUGGCAUAUGUUACGUCUAUAGUGAAGUAUUUUCAUCUCAUGUAAUAUUUCCGACGGUUUUCAAUGUCAAUUGUAAGACAGCUGUUUUGAUAUAUAUGUAAAUAUGAAUAUGCUGUUCCCGUUUUGUUGUUACACCUUCCAGUGUUCGGUGCAUGUGUACCGCACGCCAUGUUGUAGCGUGGCCGAGGGAAACAUGUGCGUUGUUGCACCCACAAAGCAUUUGACAGAAGGUUUUUGUACUGUGAGUUGACGAAAUGGUUUCAACAAGACCACACAUUAACGAAGUUGAAGAAAA